AUGAUUCUGAAAUUGGUAUAUGCACAAGAAGACCUACAAGUAGCAAAGCCUGGCUGUGAUUCGCAGUGUGGAGAUCUUGAAAUUCCCUUUCCGUUUGGAAUGAAUACUUCAGAAUGCUACUUAGGGAAAUGGUUUGAAAUAGAAUGCAGAAACACUUCCACAUAUCAAACACCUUACCUCAAGUCAAUAGGAGUGCAGGUGAGAUUCAUUGAUGUCCAACAAGGUACGGUUACUGUCAACAAUCCCAUUGACCGUAACAACUGCGGAAGCAAAGAUUCUAGGCCGGUGAACCAGUCGCUGGAAGGAAGUCCUUUCGUGUAUUCGCAGGAGCACAACAAAUUUGUGGCCGUAGGUUGCAAUAUAAUUACUUUUUUGCAGGUGAAUGGGUCAGAAGGCAGUGGUUGUGUGUCCAUCUGCGACGAGGACUUCAAGGUGGAUGAUAUCGGGAAAAUGAAGCUUGAAAACAGUGAUUGUAACGGGAAGUCCUGCUGUCAGAAUUCCCUGCCAGCGUAUCUUAAGGAAUACAGCACUGAAGUAAAAGGUUUGAAGGAGGAUGAAAGGAAUCGUGAGUGCAGUUACGCCAUGGUUGUACAGCAAGAAGAACUGAACCCAUACGAAUGGGACUACCUCCCACAGGAUUCUUCUUAUACUCCCAAAGGGUACUACUUUCCUGUGAAUGGUGAGAUGAAGGAUGUGGAUGUGGUCCCUGUGGUGCUUGAAUGGGAGAUUCCCAACAACUUAAACCUUAAACUUCCUUCAAAUUAUCUCUCCCACUGUUUCGACACUAAUAUUACAUCUUCACGAUAUAAUAGUUCGGGUCAGAGAUGUUCCUGCACAUACGGUUACGGUUCCAAUCCUUAUGUUGAUGGAGGUUGUUCAGACUAUCAUUCCGUCUCGACUUCGCGGAGUCCCGUAUCAAUAUCUGUCAUAAAAGGAAUUUCUAUAAGCUUUGGAUCUAUCAUUUUACUUCUUAUUUUAUGGCGGGUGUUCAAGGUUACAAAAAAAAUCAUAGUGAAGAAAUUCAGAGAAAAAUUCUUCAAAAGAAAUGGAGGAUUAUUAUUACAACAAAAAUUAUCUUCUGGUGAAGUUAAUGUGGAUAAAGUUAAAACCUUCAGCUUAAAAGAAUUGGAGAAGGCCACCGAUAACUUUAAUUCAAACAGAGUACUUGGAAAAGGAGGUCAAGCUACUGUUUACAAAGGCAUGUUGAUAGAUGGAACAAUCAUUGCAGUGAAAAAAUUUAAGGUCCAAGGAAAGAUUGAAGAAUUUAUCAAUGAAUUUGUUAUUCUUUCACAAAUUAAUCAUAGGAACGUGGUUAAGUUGUUAGGAAGUUGUUUGGAGACUAAAAUUCCUUUGCUUGUCUAUGAAUUCAUUCCUAAUGGUAAUCUUUUUGAGUACUUGCAUCAACAAAAUAAGGAUAUGCCAUUGACAUGGGACAUGCGUUUGAGAAUUGCCAUUGAAGUUGCAGGAGCUUUAUUUUACUUGUACUCUGCCGCUUCUCAACCUAUUUAUCAUAAAGACAUCAAGUCAACAAAUAUACUAUUGGAUGAAAAGUAUAGGGCGAAAGUAGCAGACUUUGGUACAUCAAGAAUGAUUUCCCUUGAUGUUACACACCUUACUACAGUAGUUCAAGGAACAUUUGGAUAUUUGGACCCUGAAUUUUUUCAAACUAGUCAAUUCACAGAAAAAAGUGAUGUCUAUAGUUUUGGAGUAGUUCUUGUUGAACUUUUAACAGGACAAAAGCCGGUAACCGUCCUAAGUCAAGAGGAAGCCAAAAGUUUAGCUUCAUAUUUCAUCAUGUGUGUGGAGAAAAAUUGUGUGUUUGAUAUUAUUGAUGAAAGAGUGAUGAAGGAAGGGGAGAAAUAUCAUAUAAUGAAAGUUGUCAAUCUUGCAAAUCGAUGUUUAGAGUUGAAUGGAAAGAAGCGACCAACCAUGAGGGAAAUCACAUUGGAAUUAGAAGGUAUUCGAAAAUUGGAAAAGGAGUCUAAUACACAAGAAGGACAUGAUGAGUUUGUUAAAAGUGAAGAUUAUCAAUCUUGGGAUGAUAAUUCUAUUAUCUCAGAAAUAAUGUCAAGUUUUGAUCUAAGUAGCAGAAUAACAAUAUUGAAAGAUGUUCAUAUUGUUACCAUGUGAUGGAUAAGUAUUCUUAUUUUUGUAUUAAGUAAUUUUGGGGAAAUAAGAAGUAUACAACCUUCCAAAAUUUUGAACCAUUAAAAUUUUAAAGAUUAU